AUGUCUACUCUAGAAUCUGUGGCCGCCGAUUUAUUAAGAUAUAUCCAAACUGACUUAAAGUCGUUUGAUGAAGAUUAUCGCACUACCCCGGAAAGCAUCCGAUCUCUACCCGCUCUUAAAUUCCAAAAACGGGAAUUAAGUGAAUUAUGGGCUAAAAUUGACCGUAAAUUCACCCAAAUUAGAGAAUCAGCCGAUAUUCUUGACCCUAAGAAGGCCGAUGCCAUAAAUUUAAACGAUGUUGUUAGGCAAGUCAGAUCUGCGAAAGGAUUUUAUAGGUCAAGCAUGAUUUCCAUAGAUGAAUCGAUUGAGGAGAUGACCAAGGAAAAUGAAACCCGACCAUCUUUACCCGAACCCCCACAACCCAACAGUUCUACAAGCUUCACUGUACCCCCUUGCGAUAUGCCGACAUUCAGCGGAGAUUUCAAAAGCUGGGCUUCGUUUAGGGAUCUUUUCAAAGCCAUUUAUGGCAAUAAUACCCGUUUAAGUGAAGUUGAAAAACUUUUCCAUCUUAAACAAAAAACAAGCGGCGAAGCCAAGGAAAUAGUAGACAAUGCACCCUUAACAAAUGAUGGCUUUCUUAUUGCGUGGAAUCAAUUAACUUCUCAGUAUGAGAAUCGUAGGAUGCAAAUUAACGCGCAAUUAAAAACCCUAUUAAAUUUACCCUUAGUAAGCACCAUGUGUAGUGCUUCUAUAAGAAAGCUUCAGAGAAAGAUAAAUUGCUGUAUUGCAAAUCUGAACUCUUUAGACAUAGAUACGGAUCAAUGGGAUCCUAUCUUAGUAUAUCUAUGCACGUCGAAAUUACCCAGAGAAACCCGAAGAGAAUUUGAGAAAUCUCUUCCAGAUUGUGCAGAGAUGCCUUCUUGGACUGACUUAGAUGUAUUUUUGACUAACACUUUCAAGGAACUUACAUCAGUUAAUGAUGUUCAAGAUCUUGAUACCAACCCUAACCAACACACAAAACCCAAACAUUUCCAAGAAGUUAAAACCCAAUAUGACAGACGAGGCAAAACAUUCCAUAAUGUAACACAUGACCCAACAGCAAGUUCACAAUCAAGAAACAAACGGCAAAACGAACGAAAACUUUCAAAUUCAACCCAAUCAAAUACACUAACCCCAAACCCCCAAAAUAAACCCGAUGGUUCUGUUUGCAAACUUUGCGAUGGAAAUCAUACUUUGAGAGAAUCCAUUGGUCAUGUCAUACAAGGUUGUCGCAGCACAUUCACCUGUAGGUAUUGUGGUGGACGACAUAAUAGCCUAUUGCAUAAACCAAAUUCUAAGAUUAACCCACAAAUUGACGACAAUCAAGCGUCAUCGUCAAAUACAGUUCAAUCUUUCUCAACCCAAACCCAAUCAAGCAAACCCAUACCCAUAGAUGACAGAACUAAGUUAUUAGGAACAGCAGUUCUGAAUGUAGAAGUCCAAGGAGAAUUGUUUCCAGCUAGAGCUCUCAUUGACCCAGCUUCAGACUUCUCAUUUAUAACAGAUAAACUGAGAAGGAAGUUGCAUUUACCCACUACACCCAUAGUUGCAGAAAUUUCUGGAUUAAAUGAGAUAGUUUCUGCAAGAUCAAAUAAACUGUGUCAAGUUUCUUUACGCUCCAAUACCCAUACUAAUUUCAAACUGAAUAUCCAAGCAAUUGUAGUGAAAACACUAACCAAAAAUUUACCCACCCAAAGCUUAAAACCUACCCUUAUUAAAGACUUGGAAGAUAUUCAAUUAGCUGACCAAAAGUUCUAUGAAAGUAGACCCAUAGAUUUUAUCAUUGGCAGCGAUUUUUACCCUCAAAUUUUGAAAUCUGGAGUAAGAAAAGAUCUACUUAAUACCCUAAUAGCCCAGGAAACGGAGUUUGGAUGGAUUUUAACAGGACCCAUUCAGAACACAAAUAACACCCAACCCUUUGUUUCAUACUUCAGUUCAGUCAUGCUUGAUAAAGUCUUGACCAAAUUUUGGGAAAUUGAAGAUGUAACCACCCAACCCAAAGUUUCAGAAGAAAGUUUUCUGUGUGAAGAAACUUAUAUGACCACUACCCGUCGAUUACCGAAUGGCCGUUAUCAGGUUAACCUUCCAUUUAUAUACCCUCCUGUAGAGUUAGGAAACUCGCGACACGUGGCUAUGGCUCAAUUCUUAAGAAAUGAGAAAAGUUUAAUGAAAAAGCCAGAACUAAAAGUGGAAUAUGAUAACGUGUUACAAGAGUAUAUCGACUUAGGUCAUAUGAAACUAAUUAAAUACAACCCCAACACUCCUUCAAAUACCCAAUAUUAUUUACCCCAUCACGCUGUUGUUAAACUUGAUCAUGUUACGACAAAAGUUAGAGUUGUGUUUAAUGCAUCAAGCAAAACCUCUAACAACAACAGUCUCAAUGAUACCCUAUACACUGGACCCACCCUACAACAAGAUUUAGUUGUACUUAUCUUGAAAUGGCGCUUUUACAAGAUAGUUUAUAAUGCCGACAUUACAAAAAUGUACCGGCAAAUUAUGCUAAACCCUACCCACACACCCUUCCAACGAAUAUUAUUCCGUAAAAGCGUCAAUGAACCCAUUCAAGAUUAUGAACUGCAAACAGUAACAUUUGGUGUUAACUGUGCGAAAUACUUGGCUAUUAGAACCCUACACGAAUUAGCCAAAGACAUUCAAAAUAACCACCCUAUAGCUUCACAAAUAUUACGGAAUAAUAUGUAUGUUGACGAUGUCUUAGCCGGAGGUAACACCAUCGAAGAAGCUAAAGAAGGCCAAACCCAACUGAUCGCGGCACUUGACUCUGCUGGUUUUCCUUUAAGAAAAUGGAUUUCAAAUUCAAGAGAAUUGUUGAAAGAUUUACCCGAAGAACACCUACUUAAUGUGGAUUUACUCAACCUUCCGGAAUCGAAUAAUGCCAAAACAUUAGGAAUCCGAUGGAAUGCGAAGGAAGACACAUUUUUCUUUAAUGUACCCUUAAUCGAAAGGAAGUCAGCAUACACAAAGCGAACUGUUUUGUCAGACAUCGCUCGUCUCUUUGACCCAGCUGGUUGGUUAGCGCCAAUUGUAAUAUCUGCAAAGAUUAUAAUGCAACAAAUUUGGCAAGAUAACACAGCUUGGGAUGAAUGUCUUAACCCACUCACCCUUAUAAAAUGGCAAAAGUUUUUGCAGUUCUAUGAUAAUAUUAAUAGAAUUCGUAUACCAAGAUGGAUUAACUUUUCACCUUCAGCAAAAAUUGAGUUUCAUGGUUUUUCAGAUGCUUCUGAAAAAGCAUACUCUGCAUGUCUAUAUGCACGAGUAACACCCAUAGACGGACCUAAUUCCGUAACCCUACUCUUCGCUAAGACGAGAGUUGCACCAAUCAAAGUAAUCUCGUUACCAAAACUUGAACUUUGUGGUGCAGUGUUGUUGGCUAAUAUGACGCAUAAUUUACUCACCCAACUCAACCUACCCUUACAUCAGACGUAUUUCUGGACCGAUUCAUCUAUAGUCUUGGCCUGGCUUAGUAAACAACCCAACUCGUGGAACACAUUUGUGGCAAACCGUGUUUCCACAAUUAUUCAAACAGUCGGCGUUGAAAAUUGGAACCAUGUGGCGUCUCACGAUAAUCCUGCCGAUGUUGCUAGCCGAGGAUGUACUGCCGAUGAGUUGAAAGAUGACGGUUUAUGGUGGAAUGGACCAUCAUGGUUGAAAGAAUCUGCUUCGCAGUGGCCAACAACAAAGAAACACUUUAUAACUCAAGCUGAAGCGAAAGUUAGUCAGUCGUUUACUACGACAGUUAAUACCCACCCUUCCUUAGAUACGAAUACUGAAAACCCAGAUAUAUUAUCAAGAUUUUCGAAAUUGUCAAAUGCUCUACGAGUAAUGACAUAUGUCUAUCGAUUUUGUGAUCGAGCAUCGUGUACCCGAAACAAUACAAUUCGAAAUGAUAGAGUUAUUCUUGAUCGAAAUAACCCACAACUAGUCAAAGAAAGACUACGUUUAUUAACAACCCACCCUAGUAUUGAACUUGAUGCGUCAGAGAUCAAAUCUACCCGCGAUAGACUGAUUAUUCUUUGUCAGACAGAAUAUUUUAAGAACGAAUAUCACUGUCUAAAGAGAAGAAACCCUAUACCCAAUAAAAGUAACCUGCUCACCCUAACGCCAUUUUUAGAUUCCGCAAAUAUAAUGCGUGCAAAUGGUCGACUAGCAAAUUCCAACAGUUUGUCAUAUUCCGAAAGGCACCCGGUUUUAUUACCCUACGGCAGUUCAUUUGUCAAAUUAUUAACCCAACACGUGCACCUAAUAACCCUACACGGCGGAAAUCAACUUAUGUUGAGAAUAAUACGCUCAGGAUACUGGGUUCCAAAACUCAAGAAUCUUGUUAGCGUAGUAGUUAACAAAUGUUCACCGUGUACUAGAUACAAGAAUAGACAAACAACCCAAUUCAUGGCAGCCUUGCCACCAGAACGUACCCAAAUUGAUAAACCCUUUACGAAUGUGGGAGUUGAUUUUGCAGGACCAUUCGAUAUUAAAGCAUAUAAUGGCAGAGCAUGUAGAAUAACGAAAGGUUACGUAUGCGUUUUUGUUUGCUUUGCAACAAAAGCUAUUCACUUGGAGCCUACAUCUGAAUUGUCAACACAAGCCUUUAUGGCAGCUUUCGCUCGUUUUUUUUCGAGGCGGGGAUGCCCUGUCGCUAUUUACUCGGACAAUGGAACAAAUUUCAUUGGAGCGAGCAAAUUGUUGAAGAAAGAGCGACAGGAAUUCAUUAAACAGUUAAAAAGUUCCGUUAUAUCUGCCAGCAGUUUCCAAAAUUUGACGUGGCAUUUUAUACCUCCCGGUGCACCACACAUGGGUGGUUUAUGGGAAGCGGGAGUGAAAAGCUUUAAGGCUCAUCUAAAGAAAAUGAAUACCCUAAAGCACACAUUUGAAGAGCUAGCCACACUACUCGCGAGAAUAGAAGGAUGCCUGAAUUCCAGACCCUUAAGCCCGUCAAGCGAAAACCCACAGGAUCUUAACCCUUUAACCCCAGGACACUUUUUAAUUGGAUCACCCAUUUUAACCCCAGCAGAACCCGAUUUAAGCAAUGAAAAUAUAACCCUAGCAAACAGAUGGCAAAAGUUAAAGAUUCAACAUCAUAACUUUUGUAGAAGAUGGAAGGAUGAAUAUCUUAAAGAGCUCCAUAAGAGAUACAAGUGGAAGAACCCUCAACGACAAGUUGAAACAAAUGACAUUGUUAUUAUCAGACAGGACAAUUUACCUCCAAACGAAUGGUUACUCGGUCGAGUCAUUAAAACAUACACUGGCUCUGAUGGACGAAAUAGAGUAGUCGAUAUACGAACAUCAUCCGGAACGUUAACUCGACCAAUAACAAAAGUUGUCAUUUUACCCACUAGUUAG